AUGAAAGAGGAUACGACAGGGGUAACCCGUUUCAUGGAACACAUUCCUGUCUUGGGAAUCCGCGAGUUUUAUUCCGUUGAGAUCAUGGGCCUUUUUCCGGUGACGACCAGUGGAAACCAGUUUAUCGUGAUAAUGGCGGAACACCUAUUGCGCAUCGUACUGAAUUCACCGUUGACCAGCUGUCUUCUGAAGUUGAAUAGGGGGCCGUCGAUAGUACCAGAUCAAGCUAAUGUGGACAAACGGUUUCCCGAUGCUACUGCUGACAUAGUGUUACUGGCCGAGUAA